AUUUUAUUACGCAUUAUUAUAUUAUAUUAUAAUUUUUAGUAUUACAAACCAUGAAUUCAUUAAGCUAUAUACCCGAUGGGAGUGAUCCAGAGAAGCUGUCGCACUUUCAGCUAUUCAAUACCAUGCAAAUUGGUUUUGUCAUUGCGGGACUCAUGGUAACAAUUUACUUCCUCCUGCGCAUCAUUGAUAUUGUUUGCGAUCUUUGGGUCCGUGCGCCCAUUCCGAUUGACAGUUUCGGCGUGGAGAAGGGUUACUGGGCAGUUGUCACUGGAUGUACUGAUGGUAUUGGCAAGGAACUAGCCCUGCAGUUGGGCGAAAUUGGAUAUAACUUGGUACUACUUUCGCGCACACAGCACAAGCUAAAUACAUUUGAGGAGCAAUUAGUUCAAAUGGGUGUCUGUGUUGACUCGUAUGCCGUGGACUUUAGCUGUGCGACAGAGGCCGAUUGGGCACAUAUCAAGGAAAUGGUCACAUCUAAGAAUAUUGGUAUUUUGGUAAACAACGUGGGAGUGUGUCACCCUACCACUACCACCUUUAUGGAUGAGAGCCCAGAGAUAUGCAACCAGAUGGUUGAUGUAAACAUUACUACAAUGAUGAACAUGUCACGCUACGUUGUGCCUCAGAUGCGCGAACGCAAGAAUGGAUUAAUUCUUAACAUUGGGUCAUGGUCAUCGAUGAAGGGGAUGCCAUUCCUGCCUGUGUAUGCAGGAACAAAGGGCUUUGUCAAAACAUUUUCGCAGAGCUUGGCAUAUGAGCUUGAGCCUGAAGGGAUCACUGUCGAUCACAUUUUUAGCUUUUGGGUUUCGUCCAAAAUGUCUGGGUACAAGACAGCCAGCGUUUCAAUCCCAUCUCCAAGCAUCUAUGCAAGCUACGUUCUGUCGCACAUUGGUCUGAAGUGUGGCACUCUCGAGGCAUAUUCAAGCAUUCCUUAUCCGCCACAUAGUUUUCUUGGAUUUAUAUCAAGCGUGAUGUGGGAUUUGCGAAUUACACCACCCAUUUUAUACAGCAUUGGUAACAACUUGUACAAGCUGUCUUCAAAGAGGCGCCUGAGGCUAAAGAAUCUCCCAAUGCAAAGCCGACCCAUUGGAAACACCAAGUAGACAUUAGAUGUGCGUCUCGCGUAGUCAUUUGCAAAGAUUAUAGUUUAGGUUCUGCUUUAUUUUCAUUUUCAUUUUCAUGUUUAUUGUUGCUUACAA